GGGGGUGGUUUUACCUCGUCUAUUAUGCUGCUUCGCUGAAAUAAAAGAGCAGCUAGGACGACUGCAAGCGAAUCGCUGUUGGAUCCGCAGAGGGUGAAAAAAAGCUUACAAGAUCAGCCCUGAAAUGGGAUGUCGGUCCCCCAAACAGUGUGAAGACCAGAAAGAGGAAAAUUGUACCCACUGAAGGCACAAGAUAGCCCCACAAGGAGAGCAUUCGAGAGACAGCUCCCCUCCCUCCCCUUGUCACCAUGUCAGCAGUCCCUUCAGCAGUCCAAACCCCGCCUGCUGGGGUCAACCCACCACCACCUGAAGUCACCAACCCCAGCAAGCCUGGCAGGAAAACCAAUCAGUUGCAGUACAUGCAGAAUGUGGUGGUGAAAACACUCUGGAAGCACCAGUUUGCAUGGCCCUUCUAUCAACCUGUUGACGCCAUUAAAUUAAGUCUUCCGGAUUACCAUAAAAUAAUCAAGAAUCCAAUGGAUAUGGGAACGAUUAAGAAGAGACUAGAGAACAACUAUUACUGGAGUGCCAGUGAGUGCAUGCAGGAUUUCAACACCAUGUUUACAAAUUGUUACAUUUAUAACAAGCCCACAGAUGACAUUGUUCUGAUGGCACAAGCUCUGGAAAAGAUCUUCUUACAGAAAGUGGCCCAGAUGCCUCAGGAGGAGGUGGAGCUUUUGCCACCUGCUCCUAAGGGCAAGGGGCGCAAACCAGUUGCAGAUGCGGGCAUAGGCAACCAGCAAGUGUUGGCAGUGUCCUCCGCUUCUCCGCCAUCAUCAUUCCCUAGCACCCCCACGCAGGUGUCCCAGACCCCUGUCAUCGCAGCCACUCCUGUGCAAACCAUCACUCCCAAUGUGGCACCAGUCCAGACUGUAGCCCCUGCCGCACCCAUGAUGCCUGUUGUGUCUACUGCACAGCCUGUUGUCAAAAGGAAGGGGGUGAAGCGAAAGGCAGAUACCACAACUCCCACAACCUCUGCAAUCACAGCAAGUAGGAGCGAGUCACCCACCCCCCUCCUGGAGUCUAAACAGGGCAAAGUGGUGUCACGCCGGGAGAGCACAGGACGGCCCAUCAAGCCUCCCAAAAAAGAUCUGGAGGACGGCGAGGUGCCACAGCAUGCGGGCAAGAAGGGCAAGCUGACUGAGCACCUCAAGUACUGCGACAGCAUCCUGAAGGAGAUGCUUUCCAAGAAGCAUGCAGCUUAUGCCUGGCCAUUUUACAAGCCUGUGGAUGCGGAAGCUUUGGAGCUCCAUGAUUACCACGAAAUAAUUAAACACCCUAUGGACCUGAGUACCGUUAAAAAAAAGAUGGACAGUCGGGAGUACCAGGAUGCCCAAAGCUUUGCAGCUGACAUCCGGUUAAUGUUCUCAAAUUGUUACAAGUACAACCCACCUGAUCACGAGGUUGUUGCCAUGGCAAGAAAACUUCAGGAUGUGUUUGAGAUGCGCUUUGCCAAGAUGCCAGAUGAGCCAGCAGAGCUAACCCCACCCAGUGCUCCACCCACCUCAGCUGUGGUGAGCAAGAGCACAGAAAGCAGCGAGAGCAGCGGCGACACCUCUAGCUCUGACAGCUCCGACUCGGAGGAGGAGCGGGCCACCCGGCUUGCCGAGCUGCAGGAACAGGUGGGUUCGGAACAGCAAUUCUCUGUGGAGCACCCCAAUGGUAACAGGGCGGGGAAAAAAAACGGGUGUGCCAAACGUUUUCAGCUGAAGGCCGUUCAUGAACAACUGGCCGCUCUGUCUCAGGCGCCGGUAAGUAAACCAAAGAAAAAGAAGGAAAAAAAAGAGAAGGAGAAAGACAAAAAGAAGAAGGACAAAGAAAAGGAUAAGGACAAGCAUAACAAGGCCAAGCCAGAGGAUGAGAAGAAACCUAAGUCCACACAGCAGUCCAAACCAGCGCAGCAGAAAAAGGCCCCAGCCCGGAAGGCCAACAGCACUGUCACAGCCAGCAGGCAACCGAAGAAGGGGAAGUCAGGGGCAGCGAACUACGAGUCAGACGAAGAGGACUCCCUGCCCAUGACAUAUGAUGAGAAGCGGCAGCUCAGUCUGGACAUCAAUCGGUUGCCAGGCGAGAAGCUGGGCCGUGUGGUGCACAUUAUUCAGUCCCGUGAGCCCUCGCUCCGUGACUCCAACCCUGAUGAGAUAGAGAUCGACUUUGAGACUCUCAAGCCCUCCACUCUCCGUGAGCUUGAGCGAUAUGUCAAGUCCUGCUUACAGAAGAAACAGCGGAAACCUUUACCGGGCACAGGGAAAAAGAGUGCCAAGUCUAAGGAGGAACUGGCUCAGGAAAAGAAGAAAGAGUUAGAAAAGAGGCUGCAGGACGUGAGUGGACAGCUGAACAACAACAAGAAACCGCCCAAAAAAGCAGAGAAGGCAGGCUCGGCGCAGGGGGGCGGACCCUCUCGACUCAGCGGCAGCAGCAGCUCCUCCGACUCGGGUAGCAGCUCAUCCAGUGGCUCCAGCUCCGACAGCAGCGACUCAGACUGAACCCAACCUGGCGUGCAAACAGAACUGCUCCUUUUUUAGUUCCUUUUGUGAGGCCAGCCAUUGUAUGUACUUCUAGUUGGUUCCCCUUUAAGACUCAGAUUACAAUAAAAAGUACCACCAUGGCAGAGAUUAUACAUUUUUAUAUAAGGAUUUUGAGGAGAAAAAGGCAAAACUGAUAUAGAUGACUGGACAGCAUCAGUGGCCCUGAAAGGGAAAUGCUUGGGUUUGAGAGAGUAAAGUCCAUAAAUCACGUUUAUGCUUUUAAAAUUGUACAAAUAGAGAAAUAAUUACUUCAUUUUCUCUGACUUUUAAAGUUCAUCAAAUUUUCCAGUUGUGUCUCACUAAGGGGUCUUGGCUUUGCCUUUGGGGAAUUCAUCUGAGUUUUUUUUUUUUUUUUUUUUUUUUUUUUUAAAUAGCUUCCAUCAUUGAAACAGCACCUUGCGGUUAAGUUGACCUCCAAACCCUCUCCACAUUCCAAAAGUACCUGCCUAUGUGUAUAUUUAUAUAUCUUACUGACUAAUCUGCUUUAAUUUAUUUGACAUGUAAUAUGCACAAAACAGCAAGAAUGCAUAUUACUUUCAGUCAGCUCUCUUCUGAACAUGUAGAAAUUGGCUCUCAUUUCACCAGAACUUUGUCGCUAUGUCCCUGCUCCAAACACACUAAUUUUGUUGCCUUUUCUAGGUUCUGUGCAGUGUUGCUGUAAUUCAGCUACUGCCAAUGUGAUACAUGACUGGUUUCCUGGUUAGCGAUACCUGUACAUGGGGAACUAAUACCUGCACAACUUCGUUGUUUUUUUUUUUUUUUUUAAAAAAUGGGUUGAAAAAUACUGAGAGGAAUUUGGAAACUGGAGAAUGUGUAACGUCCUUUGGAUUUCCCCUUAUUAGACCAUUUGUGUUAUGGGAUUUUUUUUCCAUAGUUUGAGGUUUGCAUUACCCUAGUUUUCUUUUUACUCUACAGAGGAAAAAAAAAAUUAUAAAAAAAGAUGCUGAAAGUCUGAUUUUAUCAUUUGAUUUGGUGUCUUUAAUAUUGAAUUUACCCACAUGAAUGGCAUGUAUUGAUUUCCUUUCAUAUUUGCUUCCCUUCCAUAUGAUAAUAGAAUGUCUCAGCUUUCUGUAGUCCAUUCCGUAGGACAAUCAGGGGGAAUGUUUGGACAUAAGUACCCUUUAAUGGGUACGGGGGCAGUCUUUGGGCUUUCAUAGGCCGAAAUACAAUGGUUUGCUGUCUUUGCAGGUGGAGUUAUGAAAGUUCAUUAUUUAAGCUAUUAGAUGCAGUCGUGGAAUUAACUUUUGUUUUCAAAGGGGCUACUGUCAUUUUAGUGUUAUUGACAGCUUCUGACAUCUGUUAUUUAAAUUUUUGUGUUCAACAAUCCUUUUUUUUGUUAAGCUUUCUGAUGAAGGGGUGGGGUAGAGGUCACUGAGUGUGAGUUUCAGAAACCACAGCUCAGGAACCUCUGACUUGUGUGGCAGUACUAUUGGCAUAAGAGGUGUUCUUUACAGCAUCGAUCAUGUCUGAAAUAAUGUUUAAAAAAAAAAAAAUUGAAAAGCUGUUAAAUUUUAAUGUGCAUUGUUUACACUGGGGAAGUCACAAAACAAGCAAUAAAUGAGGUUGAUGCAGUAUUAGUAUUCCAGCCAUAACCAUGUACAUUUAACGUCUUAACUAUCAUGAUUUUAGGCCUCAAACUAUUUUUGUAUUGUAUUUUUGCUGAUCUUAAGUACUUGCUUAUAUUUUGAACACAUCACAAUCAGAUACGGCUGCCCCCACAGAAGAAUAGGUAUGCAUCAGUUUUUUAACAAUUUUUGCCCUGAUUUAAUUUUUUAUAUGGAAUUUUGGAAUAGGAAUAUGUUUUCUAUGUAUUACAUGUUACAGCUGCAUUAAUUAAAACACUAGACUGAUUGUUCAGUUUCUUCGGAACAACAAAUUAUGUCCUGAACUACCUUCUCAUUGUGUGUACCUUAUGAAAAUCCUGAAUGCAAAAUUUCAUGUAAAAAGCAAAAUGUAAUCGGCAAGUCUUCCUCUUAAAGGUGGGGUGCUGGUUUUUGAAUGUAUUUAUUCAUCCUUGUUUGGUGAUUCUUUCAUGAUCCAUUCUAAUCAUGAUCAGACUUCCCCAUUCCAAAUCCUAGCCAAAAUGAUGAGUAGUUGUGUGUUCUCCAUCACUAAACUGAAGUGGCAAUGUUGGAGGAGCCAAGGAGCCACCUGCUGAUUGUGGUGGUAUGUUGUCUUACCUGGGUGUACUGAACUGCAGACCUCCCACCCCACCCCUUUCUCUCAGCGUCGCAACGAUUUGAUUUUAAAACCAUGAUGGGCUUUCCUGAGUGAUGUCACUAGAGUUUUAAGACUGAAAAGUAUAUAUAAAUAUAUAUUCACCACUUAUUAGUUCAUUUUUAGGCCCUGGUCAAGAUAUAGUUCAUUUUUAUAU